AUGGAGAUCGGUUUCUUGGAAACCCUAAAAACCCAACCUUUAUGGGUAAUUGUUCUUUUUCUCUUGGGUUCUUUAUCUAUAUUACAGAUUUCAGUUUCAAUUCUCACAUGGGUUUACGUUAACUUCUUAAGACCUCCAAAGAACAUCAAGAAAUAUGGAUCAUGGGCACUUGUUACUGGCUCCACAGAUGGCAUUGGCAAAGCUUUUGCCUUUGAAUUAGCUAAAAAAGGUCUUAACUUGAUCUUGGUGGGUCGAAACCCUAAGAAACUAGAGGACGUUUCCUCUGAGAUUCAAUCCAAAUUCUCAAAAACCCAGAUCAGGAAUGUAAUUUUUGAUCUUACCGGUGAUUUAUCGGAAGGUAUCAAGAAGAUUACUGAGGCAAUCGAGGGGUUUAAUGUUGAAGCAACUACUAAAGUGACACAAGCAGUAUUACCGGCGAUGUUGAAGAGAAAGAGAGGCGCAAUCGUGAAUAUUGGCUCUGGUGCUGCUAUCGUCAUCCCAUCAGAUCCUCUUUAUGCUGUUUACGCUGCAACAAAAGCGUAUAUCGAUCAAUUUUCAAGGUGUUUGUAUGUUGAAUACAAGAACAGUGGGAUCGACGUCCAGUGUCAGGUUCCAUUAUACGUAGCAACGAAGAUGGCGUCUAUCAAAAGAUCUUCGUUUUUUGUACCAUCACCAACCGGAUAUGCCAAGGCGGGGCUACGGUGGUUGGGGCAUGAUCCACGCUGCACACCUUACUGGCCUCACUCCGUCAUCUGGGCUUUGCUAAACUCGUUGCCGGAGUUUGCCGUGGAUUCUUGGCGCCUAGGGUUCUGCCUCCAAAUCAGAAAGAGGGGACAACUCAAAGAUUCCCGGAAAAAAGAAUAGUGAUUAAAAAAGCAUCACUUGUAGCCUAAAUGGCAUGUAUGUUGUAUCUUCUUGGAACGAAGAUCUUGUAAUAGUAACUUAUUUGAAUCAUAAUAAAUCUAAUCCGGUUGAGUAUAAGAAAUGGCAAAAAAGAAGAUAUAUAAAUAUAUGUUUUCGAAGAGAAGUUGAUUAACAAGAAAUGCGAUUACAAGAUUACUAGUUCAAUGUACCCAAUUUAUAUAUAUGAUUGAUCAAUUUCUCAUUUUGUUGAUCUGGUUAAGAGCAGGCUGUAAAAUGUUGUAGAGCACCCAAAGAAUAGCAGGUGCGACAACAAUCAAAAGAAGUUGCCCUCUAUUGUCAUUAGCAGCGGCUUCAGCGGCGGCGGCGGCCUCCGGCGUAGCAAACAGCCCAGACGAUGCUGCUAAACCACCACCGAUUCCAAGCCCAACCACCACUCCUUUGGUCCUCAUCUUGUUGAUCUGGUUAACCGCAGGUUGAAAGAUGUUGUAAAGCACCCAGGCGAUUGCUGGAACGAGAGGUAAGAGAAGAGCGAUUCCACGGUUGUCUCCUUCUGCAAUGUCGGCGAUCUGUUGUACGGCAAAAGCAGGGUCGCAUGAGUUCAAGGUGGAGAAGAUUGCUCCGGCGAUGGCGGUUCCGGUGAGGGAGAUGGUGGCGGGUUUUGAGGAGGUUAGGGAUUUGGGAAGGUUUUGGACGGAGAUGAGAGAGAUGGGUUUGUUGGGGGUUGGUUUAGAGGGCUUGGCGGAGGUCAUGCACUUGGCGUUAAGCAUGGCCAUGGUGGUUGAUAGUGUGGCUGCCAUUGGAGGUGGUGAUGUUGAAGAUUGGAGCUUUUUGGAGUCACGGAAUUGGAGUGAUGGGCGAAAAUGGGCAUAUAGGAAGUGAGAGCCAAUGGGGAUAGUGGAUUCGAGAUUGUGG